AUGCUGGAGCUGGGAGAGCCGGAGACGGCGGAAGGCGACAAAGGCGCCGGCGCCGGCGCAGGUGCCGAAGAUCCGGAAGAAGCGCCGGAGCCAAACGCUGCGGCGAGUGACGGCGCGGCUUACCCGGCCGCGCCCGCGCCCGCGCCCGCGCCGGUGCCAGCGCCGCCAGCAGCCGCGUUGGGUGCCGAAGCUCCGGGCGAAGCGGCUGAGGCGCCCAAAGAGGUGCCGGAAGCUCCCCAUGACUCUCUGACAUUCAAGGAGCAGAUGUGGGACUGCUUCGAGCUCCUCUGGGCGCAGCGUUUAGGGCCUUCCAGGAAGAUGCUCGAGGGCUUCAUUUCGUGUAUGCGAGAACGAGCUCAACUUGAACGGCAGUACGCCAGGGGACUCCUGCAGAGCGCCGCAAAGCUCCAGCAGACCACCUCUGAGGGGGCGGUGCCGCUGCCGUUGGAAGCGGUGGUGACCAACCUGCGGCACCGGGCGGAGCAGUGUGCUGUGCUGGCGGAGGAGCUUGAGCAGGAUGUGGCAGACACCGUGGAGCAGAUGCUGGUGCAGCACGCAGAGGUGUCGCAUCGUUUGUACUCCGAUGGUAUUCGCCUCAUGCGGCAUUGGCACAGCGCGAGCCAGUGUUGCGAGGGCGUCGAGGAAAGAUACCUGCAGGCCUGUAGCGCGGCGGAGGCUGAGGCAGUACAGUGCGCCGCCUUGUCGGCUCUGAAGCCGGCCGAAUGGAAGGGCUGGGCGGAGUCCACGAUCCGGAGCUCCCGGCAGGCCGUGGCAGCAGAGAAGGAGCUGCACAAGGCUUUCCACAAGUUCAACCUGUCAGUGGAGCUCCAGGAGAAGCAAAUGACGCUGGUCUUGGAUGCCGCACAGGACAUGGAAGAGAAGCGCGCCAUGUGCUUCAAGGAUGCGGUCAUGAAGAUUGCGGUCUUUGACACCUCUUGGCUUCGCAACGUCCAGUAUGAUGUGGACUCCUGCGUCCAGGCGCUGGAGGAGUGCGCGGGGCUCAUGAACUACCGUUGA